AUGGCCAGAUGGUGGCAAGUUAGUGACCGAAGCACUAUCUCUCUUGGAGAAAUACCGGACGGUGACGAUAUUCCUCGCCGUAAAAGAUCGAAAAGAUCAUCAUUAUCAUCAUCAUCGUCGUCAAAGCUGAAGAAUAUCAAUAUUGAUGAUCUCCCAGACCUUGUGCUGGUUGAUAUUUUAUGUCGCCUUCCUCAUAAUAAAUUUGCUUUUCGAUGCAAGUGUGUGUCCAAGCGCUGGUGCGCUAUCAUCUCCGAUCCUCUCUUUAUUCGCCACUUUUUGUGUCUCCAAAGUGAUAAGUAUAUGCCAAUCGUAAGUACCCUGAUAAACUACAACAUUGAGAUGGGAUUGAAGGAGCGGUCCAAGUUUACUGAUCCAGUGGCGGAGAUAUCACUCCAGUCUUUGAGGAGUUUCCUCCCUACCUUGUCCUCCAAGUUAACUGAUUUGGUUAUUGAGAGACCAUUCGAGGAUACACUACCCGACUUUGGCCACGAAGAUCUAAAAGCAGUUGUAUUAGAGACGUAUAAUGACUUAGUUUUGUGUUGUGCAGGCGAGUAUUAUCAACGCGAUUACUACAUUUGCAAUCCAUACACCCAGAAAUGGGUGGCUCUUCCUCCCUCGCCUCAAUGCCACAAAAGAGUGGUGGCACUAGGGUUCAUCUGUGAUCCUCCCUACUAUAGCUACUAUGGGGAAGAAGCUGAGUUUCAUAGAAAAGAAGCAACCCAGCAGCGUAAUGCUGCCGAGUAUAUAUAUAGACAUAGGGUUGUAAGAAUUCCUGAAUUUUCACUUUGUCAGGACUAUACCUUCAGAUACUACGUGGAGAUCUUCUCUUCCGAGACUGGUGAAUGGAGAGUGUCGUAUGUUUCGUUCCCCAAAAACUUUGCAUUCCAUAGAGUCAAUCCCAGUACUGGCUUUGCGUACAAGGGAAUGUUGUUUUGGUUGGGCCGUCAUAGAAACAAAGGUGGUCGUGCCUUUCUUAUUGGGUUUGAUCCAUUCGACACGAAGAAUAAUAAUCACGAAACAAUUGAUAAGAAAUGUUUCAUUGAAUUUGAUGAGCAGCCGGCAAUUGAGGGCCUAGGUGAAGAUGUGUCGGAAAUUGAGUGCCUAGGUGUGUGCCAAGGCUGUCUGCGGAUGUUCAACUUCGAAUUGAGGACAGGUUCUCUGUUAGUUUGGGAUUUCAAAUUACCAGAACCAGCUGAUGAUCAGAUGCUCAAUGGAGGCAGCAACUGUUUGAUUUUGAAACACAGGGUUCCCAUGGAUCCAAGAGAUAAAUUAUACAUGGAUCGGAUUAAGCUGUGUGCUUUGGACCCAAAUAAUAAGGACAUUUUGUAUUUCUAUCGAAGUACACAUAUAUUUGUUAUGUGCAACAUCCGUACAAAAACGUGGUCAAAAAUAGCAAAAGAAAUUUGGGAACGAAGUUAUGCUCCCUUCUUACCAUUGAUUUUGCACCCUCCGUGGCCAACCCCAGUUCCUACACACUUACCCGUCAGAGGAGUGCCACAACGAGUUGGAACUUGUUCAACAAGACAUGGUCAAUGUAAUUGA